AUGUUUCGUUUACUUUUUCGUCUAUUCAUUUCCUUUAUUCACUGUUUUAUUUAUUUGCUUUAUCUUCCCUUUUCCUGUCAUUACCCACUCUUCUUUCUUUCUUUCUUUCUUUCUUUCUUUCUUUCUUUCUUUCUUUCCCUUUUCUUUCAACUUUAUAAAAAUAAUGACAUUUCAUUCCGAUCAAAAUUUUGUUUGCUUGUUUCCAUGCUUUUUGUUUUUUUUCUUUCUUUCUGCUUGUCUAUCUUUGCCAUUCUUUUUCUUUCCUUUUUUCUUUCUUUCUUUCUUUCUUUCUUUUUUUCUUUCUUUCUUUCUUUCUUUCUUUCUUUCUAUCUGCCUUUCUCUUUUGUUUCCUCGCUUGUUCUUCUUUUUCUUUUCCUUCUUUCCGAUUUCUUUUCAAAUCUCUUUUUUCGACUAUGUUCUUUACAAUUGUUAACGUCGUGUAAUAUCUAUCUAUCUAUCUAUCUAUCUAUCUAUCUAUCUAUCUAUCUAUCUAUCUAUCAUUUCCUAACCUUCAAACAGACACAAACACACAAACAUAUAUGCAUAUAUGGAAGUAUAUCUUUAUUUUUCUUUUUCCCUUUUAUUCUAUCAGAGUAUUUGCCUGCAUCACUGUUCGUCUGGCCUUCUUCUUUUGCACCGGAAUUACUGACCUUUCCGUUACAUUCAAAUAUUUAUUGUGCUGCAAUGCUAUUUUCUGUUACAAGCACACACAUAUUUCUUUCUAUCUAUCUAUCUAUCUAUCUAUCUUAA